AUGCUCGACCACAUCUCCAUAUCACAUCAGAGCGGCCUCGUCCUCUGGUCCCGCUCCUUCACCCCUGCCUUUUCCGCUCUCGCUUCAAGCCCAAACUCCCCCGUCAAUGCUCUCGUCAAAUCUACAUUCAUCGAAGGGAAAGCUGUUUCCAAUGGCGAAGAAGAGGGUCUGGAGAAAGACGGGUUCAGUGUGCGGUGGACGGUUGAGAAUGGGCUGGGUCUUGUCUUUGUCGUCGUGUUUCCGGCUCUCUUACCUCUGGCGUAUAUUCCGCAACUUCUAGAGCGUACAAAAGCACUCUUCCUGGCCCUCUUCCAGCCAUACAUUGCGACCUUGGUCGAAUCGUUGACCGCUGGCGGUACUACCAUCUCGGCUGCAGGCUCGGCAUUGAAGGAGCUGAAAGACAAGAUCAGCGAGGAACGAUGGAACGAUAUCUGGGAUAGAUGCUUAAAGUCUUGUGAAGGGGCAACGUCCACCACCUCUACUCCGGGCACCACCUCCCCCGAGACUUCUGAUCUCGAUUCCUCCGCUACCCCACUUUCCGCCGAAGAAAUCGCCAAGAAUGCUCAAGCUAUGCGCUCCAAGAUGAAGGGCGGGGGCAAGCGUCGUGGCCUCCGCGACGGGCUGUCCCCUUCCCCAUCCCCUUCGCCGUCACGCCCAAACAAAUCGGCACAGGCAAAGUUGAUGCGAAAGUGGGGCGACUCGCCGGCGAGCAAGGCCGAGAUGGAGGCGCUGGACUAUUCGUCGCCGGCGCCGGAGGAGAUCAAGGUCGAUACGGCGGCGUUGGUGUCGGUAGAUGCUCUGGGUGAAAAGAAGGAUAAUGGGACGUAUGAGGUUGCGGACUGGGAUUUCAAGAGACCUGCUUUGUCUGGGGGCGACUUGCCGAGCGAGGAAGACAUUCUUGCGAGAAGGACAACCAAACUGGCCCUUUCUGAUGAAGAUGUUCAGCAGUCCACUUGGUCCAACGUCUUUUCCCGUCUGACGGGGAGCAAGACGCUCAGCAAAGACGACCUUGCACCGGUCCUUGUGGAGAUGGAGAAGCACCUCAUGGGCAAGAAUGUCGCCAAAAACAUUGCAGAGAACUUGUGCGAAAGCGUGGGCGCUGCCUUGGUCGGCAAAAAGCUCGGUGGAUUGAGUAGCGUCAAAUCUCAAGUUCAAGCCGCCUUGAACACAUCCCUCACUCGUGUCCUCACCCCCAAGUCAUCCACCGAUCUCCUUCUUGAUAUCCAGCGCAAACGCUCCUCGCACCUGUCUACGCUGUCUACCUCGGACGGUCCCGACCCGUACACCCUCACAUUUGUCGGCGUCAAUGGCGUCGGCAAGUCUACCAAUCUCUCCAAAGUCUGUUUCUGGCUGCUCCAGAAUGACUUGCGAGUACUUAUCGCUGCGUGUGAUACAUUUAGAAGUGGGGCCGUGGAGCAGCUAAGGGUUCAUGUGAGGAAUCUGGGAGCGUUGGGAGAAGAGAUGGGGAAGGGCAAGGGAAAGAGGAUCGAGUUGUAUGAGAGGGGCUAUGGAAAGGACGCGGCUGGGAUUGCCAAGGAUGCUAUCGCUUAUGCCAAACAAAAUCAUUUCGACGUCGUCCUCGUCGACACUGCCGGUCGAAUGCAAGACAACGAGCCCCUGAUGCGUGCGCUCGCCAAGCUCGUCACUGUCAACAACCCAGACAAGAUUGUCUUUGUCGGCGAAGCUCUUGUGGGGAAUGAAGCCGUGGAUCAGUUGAGCAAGUUUGAUAGGUCGCUGAAAGACUUUUCCGGCGCGGGGUCGGGGAGUGGAGGAAGGAAGAGGGGUAUAGAUGGGAUCAUCUUGACCAAGUUUGAUACUAUUGACGACAAGGUCGGAGCAGCGCUCUCCAUGACUUACAUCACUGGCCAGCCCAUUCUGUUUGUCGGCUGUGGCCAAACGUAUACGGAUCUGCGCCAGUUAAAGGUGAAUCAUAUUGUCCAGGCAUUGUUGUCAUAG